CGUCAUUGUGAGAAAGCCUGGGAGUGGCAGGAAGGAGGAGAGGCAGAGGAGAAAGAAGAAAAAGAAAAAGGCGGAGGAAGACAAAGAGGUCGAGCAGCUGUACGCAAAUCAGGAUUUUUCUGAAUAUUCUCACAGCAUCCAUCCAUUUACGGCAGCAGUAUGGCUGAAGUCUCAGUGUCUGUAGCAGAGAUAGAGACCUCCUUCCAGAAGUUUGCAGUCCAUGGAGACACUAAGGCCAGAGGGAAGGAGAUGAACGGCAAGAACUUUGCUAAGCUCUGCAAGGACUGCAACAUCAUCGACGGCAAGAACGUCACCACGACAGAUGUUGACAUAGUUUUCAGCAAAUUCAAGGCAAAGUCCGCUCGUGUAAUCACAUUUGAGCAGUUCAACCAGGCCCUGACAGAGUUGGCUCCCAAACGUUUUAAAGGCAAAAGCAAAGAGGAGUCGCUUCAGCAGCUCUAUGGUCUCAUUGUUGGUAAGGGGCCUGCCAACGUCGGAGUAACUAAAGUGGCAAAGGCUUCAGCAGUGGACAGACUGACCGAUACCACAAAGUACACUGGAGCACACAAGGAGCGGUUUGACGACUCGGGCAAAGGAAAAGGAAAGGUCGGCCGCGAGGACGUCCCAGACAAAAGUGGCUAUGUGGGAGCUUACAAGGGCAGCGGCACUUAUGAUGAAAAAGUGAAAGAAGCAUAAUUCUGAUGACAGAUUAUGAUAACAUUGUUUCAAUAACUUGAAUUUGAGGUGUUAAAAAAACUAAAUUCAUUGGCUACUCUAUUUUUCAAGACAAAAAAAAUAUACUGUAGUCUUUUGGGCCUAAAGCAUUCAUAACACUUAUUAGACCCAUGAAAUAAAAAUUUCAAGGUUUUCACAAGUGACAACCAGGAUGAGUAAUUGAAAGGCAAUAUUUUCUGAAAAUAAUCCAAAAAUAAUGAACUUUUUUGCUGCAGUAAGUACAUACAUGUUUACUGAGGCGUAGCAUGACCAAAUGGUCGUGUUCUGUAUAUUUUCAAUCAUUCUACAGCGACCAAAAGAUAAAACUGUACUUGUAGCCAAGCAUGCUUUAUAGAAACUAUAGCUUAACACUGUGCCUUUGUGUUGAUGUAGCCGCUAGCAUGAAGCUUUAAUAUACAGUAAUGUGCUGCUAUUCUCACUUACCUUGAUGCAAUAGAUGAUGCUUUUGCUGGUUUCAAGAAAUGACACUGCGUAAGUAGUUACUUGCUGAGCUUAUCACUUCGCUACAUGACCAAUUAGUGCCAAUUAUUUUUCUUAUCAUGGAAUUUAUUCAUAUAAUUGAAUUACGUUUAUAUUUACAAGAGAAACAUGUAACAAGCAGUGAAGAACAUAGAAUGAUACUGUGCUGAUGAAGCUACAGUACAGGAUACAUCACAUUUAUUCCUCAUUUCUUACUUACUGGUAACAUUAUGGUGUGUUUCUUGAUGCUCAUAUAAUGUAUUUUCUUUUCUUCCAAGGUUGUAUCAAUUAUGAACGUCACUUUUCUGUGAAUGUGAACUUCUAAAUAGCUAUAUGAAAAUUACACAUAUACAUGCAUAUAUAUUGAAAGAGUUUACAUUAUAAUCCUCUGAAAACCAAAAACAGAAACUUAACUCAAACAAAAAGGAAACCACAGGAGUGGAUUUAGAGUAUUGUAAAAUAAAAUGGUCAUUGUAUGUUGCACAUGUUUAAAGAUCCUCCAUAUCUCACACAAUAGGCCUGAGCUGGUAAGAAUCACCUGUGUUUUGUGUGGAUAGUACCAUUGACUUCCUUAAUAGCCUGUAUUCUCUGCAUCGCCAUGCUCAACUCAUGAUUCACUAUAAUCACUGAGAUCUAAUACGUUAUGAAGAAAUAAUUCAAUAAAUAAAUACCAUAUGGUAGAACGUU